GAGGAAGAGAAGAUAAAACCCAUGCAUUACAAAUUUUGGGUCUUACUCUACAAGAUUUCAGUGUCUACAAUCCUGUUAGCAGUGUCAGUGGCAAGUUUGAUUCAUACUGGAAGCCUUAGGUGAAUAAAGAUGCUCCAGUGUAUGUCACACAACAGAAAUGCACCUGAGAAUACUUGAUUUUUAAAAAAAGCGUAAGUUAACUAUUCAAAAUACAGUUAAUAUGGAAAUUUUGUUUAAUAAUCUGGUCCUAGAAAAUACCAAGACAUGAUCAUGUUUUCUUUCUGGGAAUUAGGCCUGCUGAGUUGGUAGCAGUUCCAUCUUUCACGGUCUCUUGUUUAGCAUCAUCCUAUAAAGUGUAUUUCUUGCUGACUGAAGCAUGCUGAGUGUGAUGACGUUGCUUAGAAAUACUCAAUAUAAAUUACAGAUGAAAGGAGUUUUGCUGUCCCUGCUAGUGGUGUAGGAUCUUCUUAACCCUGAUGUUCUGCCAUUUGAUUGGUUUUACUUAAUAACUCUUUCCUUUGGUACAGCAUUGUACAGGUCCCUGGAGUGCCUCCACUCCUACAUUUGGUUUGAUAACCCAGUAAAAAAUAAGACCAGCCAUACUUUCCGGAGAGCAAAGAAACUGAGGAUUUCAGCAGAGAAGAUGCAGAAGUACAGGACGUGGCUGCUGAGGUACUUGGUAUGCGACCCCAGGUGUGCCAGCUCCAUCUCUGAGCAGUGACAUGGCACCCACAUGCUCUCACCCAUACAGGAGGACACACGGUACUGGUAUGGGUUAUGCAGGCUUGUUACCAGGAAAGUGUCCAUGUAUUUUCUCUUCAAAUCGAAUGUUUCUUGCUUGUGCUACGAUGAACUUGGGGCUUUUGUGCAUAUUGACAAAAAGAUUUUUCUCUGAGGGUGACAGAGGUUUUGGAUAGACAGAGUGCCUGUGUGGGAAUGAUGUUAUUUAUGAUAGAACAAUAUAAUGACAGGUAAGUCAUGUAUGGACAUGCUCUGCACAUAUCAAAGCACAUUGCUUCUUGUAUUGCAUUACUUUUAUGACAUUACAAACAGAACAAUAAUAAAAGAUUUGUAUUUCAUAAGCCUCUCACAAAUUAGGCAAUUUUAAUACCUGCUCUCUAUGAUUAAGAUAAUGUAUGCAUUGACACUUGGCAAGUUAGUUCAGGUUAUCUUUUUUGCCACAUCUAAGUUCUUUGUUAACAUAUUAAACAGAAUUUAAGAUCUGCAAGAAGAAAUCAAGUUUACAUGGUCACUUCCAUACAAUCAAAAGGGUAUGUAUUUGUUAAAUUAGGAGCUUAUGAAAGAAAAAAAUAACCUGCAUCCGUUUUCUUUUUGAAGUUUUGCUUAAUGUUGCAGUGAGGCAGGCCCUGCUUGUAUUGAUACUGUAAAAGCACAAAGCAUAUCUAGAUGCCUUUUUUCUUAAUUCUUUUCUUUCUUCUUAAUUUUUGAAUGUUUGAAGAGGUUUUAGCUUUUCAUUCCAGUUGCACAUGUUGAGUCUUAUUGAGGGAGCUUUCAUUAGAAGUUUUAAGUAAUUAUAUUAUUAUGCUGUUAAUUUUGAUAACUUGGUUUGAAGGAAAGUACUCUUCAUCAGAUACUGAAGUACUUGGGACUCUGACAUAUCCCUAUUAGCUGUAUGUCAAGAGAUAGUCAAAGAGAACAAAAAGUCAAAGAGAUUGUGAGUUUUUAAUGUUUUGUUCCUUAGGGAGGAGAGGUAAAGCAAUAAUUUCUUGGCUUUCUCUUUCAUGUCCCUGUGAUCCGUACCUUUGUCCCAGUGACCUCUGCGACUGCCCAUGUGAGGUAGAAUCACUUUAUCCUCGUCCUGGAUGGGUUGAAUUAGAUCCUGAAGUGCUAUGGAGUCAAUUUACUGGUGUAAUCAAAGAGGCUGUACAAGAUGCAGGACUUCACAUGAGGCAAAUUUCUGGUCUUGGCAUCUCCACCCAGAGAGGAACUUUCAUUACAUGGCACAAGAGGACAGGGAAACCCUUUCAUAAUUUCAUAAGUUGGCAAGACUUAAGAAGUGCUGAACUUGUGAAUUCCUGGAAUAAUUCCCUUCUGCUGAAGGGAAUCCAUGUUAUUUUUACUGUGCUUCAUUUCUUCACUGGGAAUGAUCGAUACUUGGCACCCAGUUUUCUUACUUUUUCAACACAUCAAACUUCUAUGAAGUUGUCAUGGGUUUUUAAAAAUAUACAUGAGGCUGAAGAAGCUGCCAAAAAAAACAGCUGCUGCUUCGGAACGGUUGACACGUGGUUACUGUAUAGAUUGACUAAAGGUUCUAUGUAUGCUACAGAUUACUCAAAUGCCAGUUCUACAGGCAUUUUUGAACCCUUUACGAAAUGUUGGAAUCCCACUUUGUCUAAUCUACUUUCUAUUCCAAUGUCUGUUUAUCCACCAGUGAAAGACACAAGCUGCAACUUUGGAUCAACUGACUCUGAAAUAUUUGGGGUACCUAUUCCAAUAAUGGCAGUGGUAGCUGAUCAGCAGUCAGCUACAUUUGGAGAAUGCUGUUUUCACCCAGGAGAUGUUAAACUGACAAUGGGAACAGGUGGUUUCUGGAAUGUGAAUACUGGAGAGCAUCUCUUUGCAUCACGGGGAACAGUAUUGUACAGGAUUGGAGAAAAAAGGGAUUGGUCCUCUGGCUUCUCACAUCAAAACGUUGCAGUGAAUCAUUGUCUUUAUCCACUGAUCGGUUGGAAGAUUGGGGAAGAAGUUGUUUACUUAACUGAAGGCUCUGUAUCGGACAUUGGCACUGCCAUACAAUGGGCUCAGGAUAUAGAACUUUUCACCAAUGUAGAUGAAACGGCAGAAAUGGCACAGAGUAUUGCUGAUUCUCAAGGUGUUUGUUUCAUUCCAGGUUUUCAGGUUUCUGGGGAUGACCCAUAUUUAUGUGCCUCUUUCAUGGGCCUGAAACCCUCCACUAACAGAAACCAUCUUGUUCGAGCUAUAUUGGAAUCUCUAGCUUUCAGAAACAAACUGCUUUACGAUAUCAUUGAGAAGAAGGUGCACAUUCCUCUUCAAACUAUUCGAGCUGAUGGAGGUGUCAGUAAUAAUAGUUUUGUCAUGCAGAUGACAUCAGAUUUAAUUAAUAAGAAAAUAGAAAAACCUGCAAAUGUGGACAUGUCUAGUCUUGGUGCAGCUUUUCUAGCAGGCCUUGCUUCAGGAUUUUGGACUGACAAAGAACAACUAAAGAAGCUAAGGCGAGUAGAAGCAGUGUUUGAGCCCCAAAAGGAUUCAGAGGAAUACAAACCUGCUAUGGAUGCAUGGCUGCAAGCAAUGAAACACUUACCACACUGGUAGAAAUUGGAAUUUUAAUUUUUAGAAGAAUUAAAACGGUUUAAUUCAUAUUUUAUAAAAUCUUGACAUUAACAGGACAGUGAAAAACCAUAACUGGAAUUUGUGAUGGUGUAUUUUAAGUUGUGUGAUAUUUCAGUUACCCCCCUGCUGCUGGAUUACUUACCAUACUGUAAUGAACCUUCCCAUCAUCCCUGUGGCAGCUGUGAUCCAGCUGCAGCAUUUGUGUCCCUUCAGUGACCUCCUUUGGGUGGCCCAGCUGCUCAAAUCCUGCCAUGUACUGCACAUGGGCUGUUUUAACUGUGAUGGGUUUUCUACUGAGCAACUUGCCUCCCUUCAGAUCUUUAAAAUCUUGGGUAUGUGAAUCAUCAAGGAAGAGUAAAAGGCACAUUUAUUCCCCUAGGCAUUGCUAAGAAACAAAAUGAUUGUUGGGGCUGGGUUGUGAGGAAUUCAGUUGUGUACAAAGACGUUGUUUUGGUAGUAGCCUGUUACCACCUUUUGGUUGACACUAGGCGCUGUGAUCACAUUAUUUGUGCACUAGAGCAAAAUGAAAUACAAAAGCAAAUAGGCUUUCAACACUCCAGUUAAAAAAUUCAGGAUUUUUGUAGCUGAUACUUUGUAGCUAGCUUGUAGCUCCAUUUUUAAAAAUUUUGUAGACCAAAAGCAAUCUUAUCUGUUGUGGCCAGCACAGAUACAUUAAAACUAGUUCCAGGUAUGCUAUCUAACUUGUAAAAAUCUGUACUGUUAGUAUCUUCAAGGCCAUUUUUAAAUAUCAUUAUUAUUAGCUAAAAGGGAGUAAAAAAUCUAUUUUUGAAGCUAUAAAUUACUUUUGUAUUUUUUAAACAAAUUAAUUAAAGAAAUGUGUAGUUAAUUAUUCUUAUAUAUUUGCUUAUUUCUAAAAUUACUGUAAUUUUCUCAGGAUUAUGUGUAAAUCAGCUUCCAAAAUGUAAAAUGAUUAAACAUUUUAAUUUCAGAAUAAUAUCAAGUUCAAGCUGUGGGUGAUUUUUAUUCGACAGACACUGGAGAUAAGAAAUGUUUAUGGAUUUAACAUCAUUAAAAGAGGGGUGAAAAGCUUCAUUUUCUUGUGCUGAUACACAGACGGUCAAAUCAUACACCAUUUCCUCAGUUUCCUUCAAUCAUGUACCCUGAGCUGGAGCAUCUCCUCUAGCUGAGUUUAAAUCCCAUCUCAUUUACUUGUCAGCCCUAGCUUAAUGUGCCAUUUUUCUUGUUCUUCUGCUGCAUUCUGCCUUUCAACCUGUGCUGCAUCUUGGCAAUUUGUCUUUUCUCUGGGUAUCUUUCCAAUUCUCCUUAACCUUCUUCAAUGUGAACCCUUAAAAGAAGAAGCAAGUGUAUCUGCUGAUUUCUAGUAAUAUGCCAGGCUGUAGUGCCAAGACUCCAAUAUAAAGUCCCUCGAUGAGAUUCCCUCCACUGCUCCUCCUGCUGUAAGGUAAGAUUCUGCAGUUACAGGAUAUGUGAAACAAUUGCUUUGCUUUAACACCUGUAUUCAGCUUGGGAUUUUCCUCUGUCAUCACAAAGUCACUGCUAAGGAAAAUGCUCAUUAGCAAGAAGGUUCUCUGUCCAAGGCCAAGCAGAAAGGCUUUAAGUCUGGCACUGUGGGCAGAAGUUUGUGCCUCAGUGACUGGUAUUCUACACUUUGUUCUCACUGAGGGAGUUUAAUUUCAUCAACAUUUGCCUGGGUAUAAUGUCCACCCGUUGCCCUUUUGGGGAGUUGAAGGCUCCUUGACUUAGGUUCUCUUGAUAGCCUGGAGGUUUUGCUGGUCUGAGCUGGCAGUGUUGCACUGCUCCCAGACACAGCUCUGAACCUGAUUCUGUUCAAAGCACUCUGCUGAAGGCAGCUCUGCACCAUGUGCCUGAUACUGCACCUUUAUGUGGUGGUGGUUUCACCCUGGCAAUGGCACAGCUAGAGAGAGAGAAGAUAGCCAAGACAUUAUUUAGUCCUCUUGCUGCAGGUGGUGUCCUAGAGGAUACACUCUGGAUAACCAUAUUACCACUGUCACUGUUUAAUUUGAAACAGGAAUUUAAGCUGUUUUCCUUUCACUGGCCUCAAGUCUACAGGAGAGAAACUUCACUGCAAAUUAAGGAUGCAAAAAGGCCUUGGUGUAUUUACCAGCUGAACCUUUCAAAUGGCCUGCAGAGUUAUGAGUUCUCUUGUGGAGAGUUUCAAAGUAGGGAGUAAGGGUCUGAAACAGAAGGGUGUCUGAAAGUCUCCCAGGAUGGAGCAACCUUUGGAGAUCAGAGCGUUUGCCACAGUUUCUGACAUGAAGUUGCCCAAAGACUAAGCAGACUAACUGAUGUUUUGAAGAAGCUUGGUCACUGAUCAAAGCCUCUUUUGCUUAUCUUUUACAAGAAAAUUGACUUUAUCUUCCCAGGAAAUAUUUAAUGUGAUGAUUUCUAAAAGUGGUACCUCUUAAUUGAUAAUGGAUUUGAAAUAAGCUUUAGAUACAUUCUUACAGGUGCUGUGCUGUCUCAAUUUUUGCUACACAGAAGGGCAUUAAAACCAUUUUAGAACAUCAUUCAUAAUAACUUUAAAAGCUGUAAUUUAAAAUAUGACAGCUUUUACUACUUUUUUUACUUGUAUUUCAUUUUUUUGUCUCAAAGUUUGGAAAGUAUAUGCAAUUUUACAUUUUCUGCCAGCUGAGUUUGAUAGUAAAGGUAAAAAUACAAAAUUACAAAUAUUUAGUUUGUAGUUUUGUCAUUUUAAGUUAAUCAGUUGAGAUUGAACGUUGUACUUGGGAUUGGACAGUAAUGCAGCUCAUCAGCAUGUGAAGACUGGCAAUUCACUUGAGAUGUGUUAAUGAUCUCUGGGCAUUCUGCCUUCACAGAUCACACAGUGCUGAUAGUAGAUAACGUCAUAUCAGUUUGGCAGUUGUAUCAUUCAUAACAUAUAGUUCUAUUAAAUAUGUGGAGACUAUGUGGCAUGAAAAAUGAUGCCUCAUAAUAAUCUCUCUACUGUUGGAGGAAUCUUGCUACUGCUGGAUUAAUUGUUGUAUAUCAAGAGAAAGGGCAGAUGAAAAAGUCUUCUGAUAGUUGAAAAUACUGAGCAGCUGUAUAAAUUUUUUUACAUAGCUAAAAAAAAGAUCAAGUCAGCUGUGUUUAAAAUCUUACUGUAAUGAACUUGACCAAGAUUUUUGAGUACUGUUUUCUUUUAAGCAGAAUUUUCUGCUCUACUCUAACUUUCUGUAAAAUUAAUGCAGUUGCUCUCAUUUGUUUCUAACAAGAGGAUUUAGACUUGCUUUCCUGCCAGGAGAAAGUAGAAAAAGCAAAACACUGAGUUGCUGAAAAUCUUCUACCUUCUACUGGCAUAAUCUCUGUAGCAAGACCCUUCAACUAGUCCCACUAUUUCCAGGAUCAGGGCACAGCACAAGAGACUCACCAGUUGAAGAAAAGCCUUGUGGAACGAGGUAAGAAGCAUUUCCUCCCAGUCAGUGUGAUUGUGUUACUGGUCAGAGCCAAAGAGUACGAAGGUGUGAGCCCCCCUUGAAAGAAAGAGGUGUGACAGUUCUGUAGGUGAGUCGCAGUGCUCUGACACAGAAGUUGGGCAGGGUGUUUAGCACUUAAUGGAGAGUCAGGGCAGGUUCAGCAGGAGAAAAGGGGUGGUGGUGGUGGAGGGCGAGCCUGUUUUGGGUUAAUGUUUGUGCAGAUUAUCACAGUGGGAGCUGUGGGCUGGCAGGAAAGUGGUAAAACUAGCAAAUAUUGAAAAGUGAUGUAUUGUGAAAGGGGAAAGAGGGGGCAUCUAGGAGGGAUCUGACUGCCCAGGGGGAGCAAGCUGGUGUUCUAAGGCUGGGACACCAGCCUGGUUCUGGAGGGAGACAAAAGAGUUUCCUGCAGGGCAGGUGUAGCUGCUCAACUCACCUCUUAGCAUGUCUAAAAAACACAAUUUGACGUUUUUUUCAAUGCACCCUUCAUUCUGGGGUAAACUUUGAGAUUUGUGAAAGUUCUGAAAGAUUGUGUAUUGAUUUAGAAUGUUACAUCAAUAGUGUACUUACACUCAUGCAAAUUGCUCAUUGUUUCACCACAUUCAAACUCAGUAGUGUGUGUAUAUAUAUAUGUGUAUAUAUAGUUAGUCUGCAAUUUGCUGUUGAAAGCAAAUGCAAACUACAGCAGUGACCUUCCUUCUGUUACUCUCCUUGGGGGAUAAAAUGACUAUUUUUCAUGUUCAUAAUCAUUUCCAGUAUCUGAAUUCAGCUCAUCAGUGUUUCUUGCUAAGAAGUAAAUAAACCA